ACCAUCAUUGCUGCGGCAGGCAACGAAUGCCUUGCUGCGGUAAGUUGUCGGUGUUUCAGUUGUGUGUACAUAUAAAUUCUUUCGAUUUCCUUGUCAAGGAUUCUUUUUCUAUUCUACUAAUAUUAACAACACUAUAUGGGUGGUGCGACUACUACUGACACAACUUCGACAACCCCUACUACUGCUGCCUCUACUGCUUCUGCUUCUACGAGCUCGAACAAUCAGCAAUGUGGACCUGCACAAGACAACAAUCGCCCUCCCAGAAAACACAAUCGUCCUAAGCGAAAACCGAAAUCCGACAAGUCGGCUACCACUGAUUCAGCAGCUACUGGCACUGGUACUUCUGCUGCUGCCGCUGCCGAAGGCAACACCAACAAUAACAAUGAUGCUACAUCUGCAGCUGCAAAACGCCAUCGACGGCCCCGGAAAAAGACUAACAACAAGCCGAAUGAACAGCAACAACCACAGUCAUCGGAUGCUCCUGUGACAGAACAGCAGCAGAAGACUGAUCAGGCCAGCCAUUCGACCCAUCAACAGCCUGCAGCAGCAACGGGUGCUGGCGUCAACAACGAAAAGAAAAAAAGACAACGCAAUCGUCAGCGUAACACUAAUAGCAACAGCAAUGAGACGAAUGGAGAGGGUGGACCAGGUCGACGGAAUCCCAAGUUUACAAAGCAUCGUGCUCAAGGUCAACUUAGUACAGAAAACCAAGAGACUGACGCUCCAGACGGUCCGUCUCCGUCAACAACAACAAAGAAUCACCGGCCUCAAGAUAAGGGCAAACGCCCUAGACGAAAGGGUGAGGUCAAAAAGAAGGUUGAUCCAAAGGAUUUGGCAAGCAGCUUAGCACAAGAUCUCAGAACGGCAUCGUACGAGUGCAUGGUAUGUUGGGAUGUUGUGCGCCAAGGCCAUCAAACGUGGUCGUGCGACUGUUGUUGGGCAGUUUUCCAUUUGUCCUGUGUUAAGCAAUGGGCAAGCAAAUCUCUUCAAGAAACCGAAACAAACAAGCCCGUGACGGCAUGGCGAUGCCCCGGUUGUCAGCAUACACGAAAGGCCAUACCUAAGGAUUACAUUUGUUUCUGUGGUAAACAGCGUAAUCCUGAUCAAAGUCGAUACCUCACGCCACAUUCCUGUGAUCAAUUAUGCAAAAAGAGCCGGAAUUGCCCACACGAAUGUACUUUACCGUGCCAUCCAGGACCGUGUCCACCAUGUACUGCAAUGGGUCCAACCAUGUUUUGUUUCUGUGGUGAACACUCUCGGCAAACCCGUUGCGUGGAUACCGAUUACACAGCACUAGGAUACUCGUGUGAUGAAGUGUGUGGCGAGUUACUAGGAUGUGAAAAGCAUCUUUGUGAGGACAAGUGCCAUUUGGGACUAUGCAAACCGUGUUCUUUUCAAGAGAAACAAAUGUGCUAUUGUGGCAAACACGAUCGUACGGCAGCAUGUGGCAGUGAGCGUGGCAUAUUGAGUGGUGAUCAUGUUGGAUACUACGAAUGUGAUGAUAUAUGUAAUAGACCAUUCAAAUGCGGCCAGCAUCGUUGCCAAAAGAAAUGUCAUGUUCAAGAUAGCAAGUUAGUCACCUGCCCGUACGAUCCAACCAUUGUUACUACGUGUCCAUGUGGAACGACCAGUAUCACCAAGUUACUGGAUGGAGCAAAUCGAACAUCCUGUACAGAUCCGAUACCAACCUGCACAGCUAUAUGCGCAAAACAAUUGCCCUGUGGUCAUACCUGCAAUCAAACAUGCCAUUUAGGUGAAUGUCCUCCAUGCGAAGAGUUAGUACAAGUACACUGUCGGUGCAAGUCGUCAACCUUCCAAGCAACAUGCGCCCGUGUUUGCGAAGUUGCCGGUGGCGAACCGCCAUUGUGUGACAAGAUCUGUCGUUCAGUGCGCAACUGCGGCCGCCAUCAAUGUAAAAUCCAAUGUUGUCCUGCGAACAAGCAAAAGGGUGCAAAGAAAUCCGUUCGACAAUCAGGAACUGCACACGAUUGCCCCGAAAUAUGUGGACGUAAAUUGUCGUGUGGCAUCCACGAGUGCAAAGAGCCUUGUCACAAGGGCCGUUGCCAGCCUUGUUUAGAAGCGGCAUUCGACGAAGUGACCUGCCACUGCGGACGAACGCGUUUGGAACCGCCCGUGCGCUGCGGCACCAAAUUGCCCCCGUGCCCUCAUCCAUGUAUUCGCGAGGCACCUUGUGGCCACGUGCGCCUCGUGCAGCAUCCAUGUCACCUGGACAGCGAACCGUGCCCACCAUGCGUGAUGCUUGUGGCGCGAAAAUGUGUGUGUGGCAAGACCGAUCUCAAGAACGUCCCUUGUUACCGUGGAUCCCCUCGCUGCGGCCGAGUCUGCGAGAAGCCUCUUGCAUGUGGCCGUCACCGUUGCACAAAGACCUGUCACGCCGGUCCUUGCCUUGCUGAAGGUGAAGCGUGCGUGCAAAUCUGUAACGGUAAACGAGCAAAGUGCGACCAUCCCUGCGCUAAGAAAUGCCACGGUCUUACUCCAUGUCCUGAAAACGAUCCAUGCCAAACGAUGGUGCAAGCGGCGUGCAAAUGUGGUCAACACGCACUCCAAGUAGCGUGUAACGCAACCAGUGAAACCAUGGGGUCUAAACGUGAAUUGAGCUGUAACGAUUUCUGUGCCAAAGUCGAAAGAAACCGCAGACUGGCGUCCGCACUUGAAAUCGAACGUGAUGUUACACCGGCAUCAUCAUCCUCCCCAUCUUCGAGCGGCAUCCCAUUGGACGAAGCAGUUCCAUCGACCGAUGAACUGGGCUACUAUGACGACAGUUUAUGCGAAUUCUAUCUCGAAAAUCUAAGGUGGUGCAAGCAGAUGGAAACAAUGCUUAUUGAUUUUGUCAAGGACCAAGCCAAACAUGUGCUUCAUUGCAAGCCUAUGAAGAGCGGCUUCCGGAAAUUCAUCCAUCGUUAUAGCGUCCAUUUCAACGUUUCCACUGAAUCAGUCGACCCAGAACCCUAUCGCAGCGUUGUUGUUCGUAAGUCACUUGGUCAACCACGGAUACCGUCACCGUUGCUUUCAGUUGCUGCACAUCAUCCUUCCAUGAACCGACCCCCUCCUCCAAAUACCACUGCUGGUGCCAAGUCAUCGUCAUCCAGCAAGCAGCCUGUAAAUGCACUAUGUCUAUCGGAUCUAGCCUUUGGUCUUAUCAAGUCUGAACUGGAUAUGGAAUUAGCAGAAGCCUUUGGUGAUGGUCUGAAAUUUACGUCGGAAUGGCUUACGGACGCCGACGCAGUGCUUGUUGUUCCCACCGUGGAUGACUAUCCGAUUGAAGAAAGGGAGGGGAUCGUUUGGGAAUUGAAAAAAUUGGCCAAGGACAGUUUGACAGCGAGCGGGAAUGCAGCUCGUAUAGACUGCUGCUGGGUGGACAAGGAAGGAAAGAUCACUUGGACCGAGCGUAAGCAACUUAUCCGACAUGAGGGUGAACUAAGCGGACACGGCAGUCAACAACAAAGACCGUCAUCAUCAUCGAGCAAUAUGUUUGACGCAUUGUCAUCAUCUUCAGACGAAGGUUGGAUGCGCGUGACCAAGGAAACAGCAGACAAUGACGCCUGGGACCAAGAACCUAUUGUCAAAGAAAAAUCUUCAGCCGUAGCUACAGGUACCACUGCGGGUUUGACUACACCCGAAGACUGGGAAGAUCUUGGCAAAUAGUUGAAAAUAUACACUCGAAAAAUAAAUUUAAGAUGCGAGAUUUUGCAAUGCUACUUGUAUUUGGGGAAAUUGCUAGAUGCUCUGGUUAGGGAACAGAAAGUUUGGAAAAUGAAAAAGGAGUAGAGGUGGGACCAAUUAUUAUGUAUGUGGAGGUAUGCUACCAAAGUAUGUUGUUUAUCACAGCGGUUUCCCAGUAAGGUC